UGUGUGAUCAAUCUCCAGCACAAUUGUAUUGAUUCACAGUGCACAGACACCCUCCAGAUGGCCAUGUGUCAAGAAUGGAUUGAGACUUUGCGAAUGAUACCUACCAUCCACCAUAAGUCCACUCCAAAUUAUUUUCUCAAUGCCUACUCCAUUCAUAACUACAGUUAUAUCUGUCUUAUCAUUCCAGAGAUGCUUCAUGAAACACCACUAAGAGUUACUAACAUUGCAGAAGUU